UCGGCGCUGCCGUGGCCUCCACCAGUAGCCUACGCAAAGAAGCCGUUUCGCUCGGAGGGGGGAGGGGGGGGGGAGAUGCGUAUGGGAGUGCCAGAGUCUUUGUGCAGUCCCACGCUUUGUGUCAUCGGAUGACAGAAGCAGUGGGUCAGCUGCACCACCCAACUUCGGAAAAUCUGGAGAAACUCUCACAACUACUGCGAGAAAUGGAGUGACAACUGGGACCAGGGCAGAACACCUGCAGGAAGCAAAGAGUCUCCCAAUUUUCUGUGAGGUAUUCACCAGGAGGCGGCGAAAAACGUCUAAGAAAAUGUCGCGCUACACGGACGUGCCGCUCGGCAUAAUCGCCAUACAAAAAGUGUCGGACUGUUGCAGUAUUGAAGCUGGAUCAAGACGAGCUUUACUAUAUAAAGUCAGUGUUCUGUCACUGACCUACAUGUCAUACAUGUUUUAUCAUAUGUCACGAAAGCCAUUAAGUGUGGUGAAAAACGUGUUUCAUCAGAACUGCAGUGGACUGACUCCUGGUGCUGAUGAUGAUGCAAAUGUUUCAACAUGGUGCGACUGGGCUCCAUUUGAUCGAGAUGACUAUUCCACAUUGUUUGGCACACUGGACUCUGCAUUUUUGUUUGCUUACAGUGCUGGAAUGUUUGUGAGUGGAAUUAUAGCAGAGCGAGUAAACUUAAGGUACUUCCUAUCACUUGGGAUGAUUUUCUCUGGUGUAUUCUGCUACUUAUUUGGACUGGCAAGGACGUGUAACAUCCAUGCCAUGUGGUAUUUUAUUCUUAUGCAGGUGCUAGGUGGUAUUGUGCAAACAACGGGUUGGCCUGGUGUUGUAACAGUUGUUGGCAACUGGUUUGGCGAAGGAAACAGAGGUUUAAUAUUUGGCAUCUGGAAUUCCCACACUUCAGUAGGGAAUAUAUUAGGUUCUUUAGUAGCUGCUGCGUUUGUCGAACAGGAUUGGGGCUUGUCAUUUAUUGUUCCUGGUGCCAUUAUUGCUGGGGGCGGUUUCCUGAUAUUCCUCUUCAUGGUCGAAAACCCAUCACAUGUGGGUUGUCCGAGACCAGGAGAGGGUGAAUCGGAGAUGCGCUCGGCAUUCGGCUACCAAAGGAUCAGCACAAGAGUGACGUCAGAUUCAAGUUCUGAUGAGUACAGCUCAGGUGAAGAGGAUUCCCUACUGGGAGGGCAGGAAAUAAAGAGAUUCCCUCCAAAUGAGACAAUGCCAAUUGCAGCAGUGAUUCCAAAUGAAACACCCAUCGGUUUCUGGUCAGCACUAAAAAUUCCGGGAGUUGUGGAAUAUUCUCUUUCCCUAUUUUUUGCAAAAUUAGUGAGCUACACGUUUCUUUACUGGCUUCCUUUAUACAUAUCAGCAUCAACAACAUUGGGUGCAACUCUCAGCGCUGACGUUUCUACCUUAUUUGAUGUUGGUGGCAUAAUCGGCGGCAUUGCGGCAGGUGUGAUCAGUGAUUACACUGGAAUGAGCGCUGUUACUUGUGCUGGGAUGCUUGUUGUAGCCAUUCCUUUGAUGUUUGUGUAUGAUGAAUACGGGUCUGUGAGUGUGGAGAUUAACAUCUUCCUGCUGAUAGUGGUGGGCAUCCUUGUGAAUGGGCCCUACUCCCUAAUCACCACGGCAGUCUCUGCAGACUUGGGCACACAUGAGUCACUCAAAGGGAGCUCCAGGGCAUUGGCCACAGUCACAGCCAUCAUUGACGGCACUGGUUCAAUAGGUGCUGCAGUUGGACCCUUGUUAGCUGGUGUCAUAUAUUCGUACGGCUGGGAAUCCGUAUUCUACAUGCUGAUGGCUUCUGAUGUAUUAGCAUUGCUGCUUUUAGUACGUCUGGUGAUCAAGGAAUUCACUCAAAGGCGGCACAGGACUCGACAACACAUAGGUUAACUUUCAGCAGUUGUAUUCCUUCAUCAUUCUCGAAGACACCAGCCAGAGGAAAUUACUAAAAUGAAGAAUACUUUCAUGCAAUGAAAGUAUUUAACGUGUUGCCUUCCAGGAUUUUAUGAUCUGAAAACUUUCAGAAAACUAGUGAACUCUUUCUGGAUGUGUCAUAAAAAAAAACAAAAAAGCUCAACAGUUCCUCAGCUACAAAGUACAUCAGGAUACUGUAAUCUCCACGACAUUGCUAAAAUGAAGCAGGAAAACAAUUUCCAAGAAAUACUUACAUUUGCACGCAAUAAACCAUUUUUGUAUAAAAAAA